AUGAUCUUGUGGGGUAUCCAGAAACACCUGAAUGAAAAACGCUUGAAUCCCUCUCAUGGAAACCAGAAUCGGCGGUAUGUUGACUCGGGUGUGGUGAACGAGAACUUCAGCAGUGCCUACAUUGAUUCUCAUCAAGGAACUUCUGCUGCUUUCCAUCCGUCGUUCUAUCCAGAUAAAAGAUUAUUAACAUGGCGUGCACCGCAUCUGAGGAAGCAGCAGCCUCUAAAAAAGUCACUGGAGGUGGACGCGAACAGUGGCAUUACUUGUGAGUCGCAUUCGGAGACGAAAUCAAAGUUAAGUAGCAGUCAUCACGACUCUCUCAAACCUUCUACAAAAAGCAUUUCCUCUGCAGAAAAACCCGUCCCUGCUAGCGUUCCUCGAAGUAAUGGUUCGCCGAAAAAUGUGAUCUAUAUCCCCGAUGAUUGGUACUCGGAUGUAAAUUCACUUUCGAAAGAUGAUCUCGAGCAAUUCGAAGCUGACAGUUUUGAUCUCGAAAAAGUUCCUGAAGUUCCUCCACCGAGACAUUUAUGUUGA